AUGAGCAUUCAGGGACAGGAAGAGGUGCAGAAGAGAUACGACCCACGAGACACGACCCUGAAGUUUGUCAACAGGAAGGAUGACUUGGAUCCACUGUGUUCAGAUGAUGAAGAUGACUGUCUCAGAGCAGAGAUGUCCUGUGGCCACGCUGUCACUCCUGAUUCUCUGACACAAUGGUGUCGUAGCCAGCUGGAUGAGGGCAUUUAUAAAUUCAAAUGUCCUGCAUUGGUAGAAGGUACCAGACUGUGCAAUAAACUGUGGUCAUACCAAGAAGUGCGCAGACUGGCUGAUUUGUCUGUUGAAGAAAUGCAGCAUUUUGAAGAGAAUAUUGCCCGCCUGGCUGCUGCAGAAUACUGUGAAAUCAAACCGUGCCCACAGUGCAAAACAACAGUGGAAAGGAAAGAUCUCUCCAACCUGUGUGUUACGUGCACCAUAUGUACAGCUGAUCAGAAGAAGACCUACGAGUUCUGCUGGCAGUGUCAGAAGCAGUGGAAAGGUCCACGCCCUCGUUCUGACCGCUGCAACAACAACGGCUGCAUCAACCACGACCUCGAGCUUCUAAAGAACUGCAAGAUGACCACCCUCCCUCAGGUGAAUGGGGUCAACGCCUGUCCCUCCAUCCGUGCCUGUCCCACCUGUGGUCAGACGGUGGAGCACGACAAGACGGGCUGCAAGAACGUCAUCUGUCCUCGCUGUAAGGUUGAGUUCUGCUUUGUGUGUCUGAAGCUCACUCCUGUGUGUCUGAAGACAAGCUCCUACUUCAUCCCCUGCAGUGGUGGUGUGGCUCCCAGACAAACCUCCAUACCCGUGUGGCGGAGAAAUUAAGAGGGAAUAUUCUUUUCCUGUCUGUUAUCACUGGGAGAUAGUUAUAGAUUUAGGGGUCUAUUUUCACCUGUAAAUCAAUCAAUUGAAAAUAUCUGUUGUAUUCACUGAUAAAUGCUGUAUUUUCUGUGUCACUGAAGUUUGCUUUUUUAGAAUUGGUAACUGAUGAAUAAAAGUAAAUUAUUAAUAACUGCAUCAAUUAAGAAGGUAUUACUUUACAUGGAUGCAGAAUGUCUAAUUGAUGUUUUAACCAAAUUGUUGCAUGUAUGUGACUGAAUUUGCUGCAUAUGAUUAGGUUAAAUA